AUGCAAAAAGAGAAUGAAGCCAACGCCAAGAGGAACUCACCAGCCACCCUCGGAAAUGGCUUGAAUCCAAUAUCAACAGAAAUGUACAAGAGCUGCUAUAAAAUUGGUACCUGCAGACUUGAGUGCCAUGCAAGUGAAAAGUUAGUGGACUACUGUAUGUUUCACCUGGAGUGCUGUGUCAAAGGAAACCCUGCAUGA